GGGCGCCGGCUCCGCAGUGUAGUGUCAAGUGCCUUCCUCAUGGUGCACCUCUCCCCGCCUUGGGUGGAUUCUGCGUGCGGGGUCUCCCAGUGGUGGCAGCGGGGUGGCAGCGGACCCCCGUAAAGGGACUAGGCCGGCUUCGCUGGCGUGCCUAGGGCCGCGCAUCCUUCCCGGCUCUCGGGUCUGAGAGGCGCCGGUGGCGCUGGGUCAGGAAGUGUCGCCGGGGCGCGCCCUCCGGGUGCUUUCUUCCGCGGCGCUCCUCUUUUCCAAAGCCUGCAAAGCAGUCUUUCCGAAAUUGUUUCCCAGAGGGAAGAGAAUUUCCGCGAUUUAGUAACGUUGGCUCCAGACUCAGUGCCCACUCUCCUGACGGAUUGGCAUUCUGGCGAGUUCAGGCUUUCUUCUGUCUAGGGGCCCAGUCUGCCUUCUUCAAGAAAAGAUUAAGACAGAAAGGAUGGUGGCAGACUGUCUGACAAAUUGUUAUCAGAACUUGGUGACCUUUGAGGAUGUGGCUGUGGACUUCACCCAAGAGGAAUGGAUUCUAUUGGAUCAAAUGCACAGAGACCUGUACAGAGAUGUGAUGCUAGAGAACUACCGGAACCUGGCCUCAGUAGGAUGUGAGCCCAUUAAACCUAGUCUCAUCUACUGGUUGGAACAAGAAGAGGAUCUGUGGACAGUGCAGAGUGGAGAUCUCCAAGAAUGGAAAAUACUACUUAACACCAAAGAGGCAACACUUCAGCAGGAUUUUUUGAGGGGACAGACUUCCAGUGGGAUACAAACAGCAGGACACCACAGUGCAGGGGAACUUUGUGACUAUAUGCAGUGUGGAGAAAUCUUCAGUGAACACUCAUAUUUCAAGACUCACAUGAAAACUCAAAAUACAAGGAAUGCAGGGCAUUUUACUCACUCUACAAGUCCUGCCGUGCCUGUUCAAAUGCGCACAAUGAAAAACAAUGCAUGUAAGGUUUGUGGAAAAGUCUUCAGACGUUCUUCAAACCUUAAUAGGCACAUGCGAACCCAUACUGGGGAGAAACCCUUUAAAUGUAAGGAAUGUAGGAAGCCCUUCACUACUUACUCACGGCUAAUGGAACAUUUCAGAAUUCAUACUGGAGAAAAACCCUAUAAAUGUAAGGAAUGUGGAAAAGCCUUCACUAAGCGCUCAGGCCUUACCACACAUGAACCAACACAUGCUUCAGAGAAGCCCUAUGAAUGUAACGAAUGUGGGAAAGCCUUCGCUUCAUCCUCACGCCUUACUCAACAUGUAAGAACUCACAGUGGCGAGAGACCCUAUAUAUGUAAGGAAUGUGGAAGAGCCUUUCUCACUUCCUCAUAUCUACGUAACCACAUAAGAAGAACUCACAGUGGGGAGAAACCCUAUAUAUGUAGGGAAUGUGGAAAAGCCUUCCAUUCUUCCUCAUACCUACGUAGACAUGUAAGAACUCACAGUGGUGAGAGACCCUAUAUUUGUAAAGAGUGUGGAAAAGCCUUCCUUAAUUCUUCAUACCUACAUAAUCAUGUAAGAAAAACUCAUAGUGGAGAGAUACCCUUUAUAUGUGGUGAAUGUGGUAAAGUCUUUCAUGCUUCCUCAUACCUACGUAGACAUGUAAGAACUCACAGUGGAGAGAGACCCUAUAUAUGUAAGGAAUGUGGGAAAGCCUUCCUCAAUUCCUCAUACCUACGUAAACAUCUAAUCAUUCACACUGGAAAGAAACCCUAUGAAUGUAAGGAAUGUGGGAAAGCCUACAAUAGAUGCAAUCUAUUACUUGACCAUUUAAAAACUCACAUGGUGGAAAAGCCAUUUGAAUGUAAUGUAUGUGGAAAAUCCUUUCAGUAUUUCUCUUAUCUUACUAAGCACAUUCGUAUUCACACAGGAGUAAAACCCUAUAAGUGUAAGUACUGUGGGAAAGCCUUCACCACUUCUUCAAGCCGAACUGAGCAUGUAAGAACUCACACUGGGGAAAGGCCUUAUGAAUGUAAGGAAUGUGGGAAAUCCUUCAGUUCAUCCUCAAACCUAAUUCAUCAUGUGAAAAUUCACACAACAGAGAAACCCUUUAAGGUCAGGAAUGUGGGAAAGCCUACAGUAAGUUUUACCUACUAACUGAACAUUUAAUAACUCACACUGAAAAGAAACCCUUUCAAUGGGAGGAAUACAAAAAAAUCCCUUAAGAUUCUUCACAUUGUAAGGAAGGAAAUAUAAAAUAUUUCACUAAUUCCCAGAAAGUUACUAAAUGUGAGACUUUGCAAUAGAAGGAAGAACUCCUGAUGUAAAAUAUAUGGGAAGGUUGUAGUUCUGUAAAUAUGUUGGUCUUCACUUGUGUCAUCAUAGUGGAGAAAACUUUAUGAAGGAAAGGACUGUUGGAAAGUCAACCUUUAGCAAACAUGAUUCAGAUCCAAGAGAAAUUUAAUAUAGGGGUUUGGGAAUUGUGUCCCCUUAACUUGAAAUCUAGUGUACCAACAGACACCACUGUCUGAAUGGUUCUGGUUUAUUUCGAACAUUUGUGAUUCUACCUUGAUCAUUCUGGAGUGAUAUGUCUUUCCUUUCCUCCAUAGCAACACUAUUUCAUUUCAGUCAUUUCAGUUGCUACAACUUCUGGAUAGCCACCAGGUGAAAAGUGGGCCUUUGGGAUACAAACAAUACUAUUUUAGCAGUAGAGAAUCUUUCCUAGGUUUCUCAUGUUUUUUUUUGUUGUUG